GCUCCGCGAGGGAUCAUGUCUACAGCCUCCGCCGCUUCCUCCUCCUCUUCGUCUUCUGCCAGUGACAUGAUCGAAGCCCCCUCCCAAGUCCUCAACUUUGAAGAGAUCGACUACAAGGAGAUCGAAGUGGAAGAGGUUUAAAAGAAGCUGUAAAGCAGCAGUCCCCAACCUUUUUGGCACCAGGAACCUGUGAGAAUCUUAUGCCUGAUGAUCUGAGGUGGAGCUGAGGUGGUGAUGUUAGCCCUGGGAAUGAAGCUUGGUUCUCUCACCUGCCACUCACCUCCUGCUGUGCAGCCCAGUUCCUAACAGGCCAAGGAGCAGUACCAGUCCACGGCCCAGGGGUUGGGGACCCCUGCUGUAAAGGGUCAGGUGCUGUGUGUAAACCAGGUUGUUGGAAGAGGAGCCUUUGGAGUAGUUUGCAAAGCUAAGUGGAGAGCAAAAGAUGUUGCAAUUAAGCAAAUAGAAAGUGAAUCUGAGAGGAAAGCCUUUAUUGUAGAGCUUCGACAGUUAUCCCGUGUGAACCAUCCGAAUAUUGUGAAACUAUAUGGAGCCUGCUUGAAUCCAGUGUGUCUUGUGAUGGAAUAUGCUGAAGGGGGCUCUUUAUAUAAUGUGCUACAUGGUGCUGAACCAUUGCCAUAUUAUACAGCUGCCCACGCUAUGAGUUGGUGUUUACAGUGUUCCCAAGGAGUGGCUUAUCUUCACAGCAUGCAACCCAAAGCUCUAAUUCACAGGGACCUGAAACCACCAAACUUGCUGCUGGUCGCAGGGGGUACAGUUUUAAAAAUCUGUGAUUUUGGUACAGCCUGUGACAUUCAGACACACAUGACCAAUAAUAAGGGGAGUGCUGCUUGGAUGGCACCUGAAGUUUUUGAAGGUAGCAAUUACAGUGAAAAAUGUGAUGUCUUCAGCUGGGGUAUUAUCCUUUGGGAAGUGAUAACACGUCGGAAACCCUUUGAUGAGAUUGGUGGCCCAGCUUUCCGUAUCAUGUGGGCUGUUCAUAAUGGUACUCGACCACCAUUGAUCAAAAAUUUACCUAAGCCCAUUGAGAGCCUGAUGACUCGAUGUUGGUCUAAAGAUCCUUCUCAACGCCCUUCAAUGGAAGAAAUUGUGAAAAUAAUGACUCACUUGAUGCGGUACUUUCCAGGAGCAGAUGAACCAUUACAAUAUCCUUGUCAGUAUUCAGAUGAAGGACAAAGCAACUCUGCUACCAGUACAGGCUCAUUCAUGGACAUCGCUUCUACAAAUACAAGUAAUAAAAGUGACACUAAUAUGGAACAAGUUCCUUCCACAAAUGACACUAUUAAACGCUUAGAAUCAAAAUUGCUGAAAAAUCAGGCAAAGCAACAGAGUGAAUCUGGACGUUUAAGUGUGGGAGCUUCCCGUGGGAGCAGCGUAGAGAGCUUGCCCCCAACCUCCGAGGGCAAGAGGAUGAGUGCUGACAUGUCUGAAAUAGAAGCCAGGAUUGCUGCGACCACAGCCUCUUCCAAGCCUAAACGGGGCCACCGUAAAACUGCUUCAUUUGGCAACAUUCUGGAUGUCCCUGAGAUCGUCAUAUCAGGCAACGGACAGCCAAGACGUAGAUCCAUCCAAGACUUGACUGUUACUGGAACAGAACCUGGUCAGGCGAGCAGUAGGUCAUCCAGUCCUAGCGUCAGAAUGAUCACUCCCUCAGGACCAACCUCAGAAAAGCCAGCUCGAAGUCAUCCAUGGACCCCUGAUGAUUCUACAGAUACCAAUGGAUCAGAUAACUCCAUCCCAAUGGCUUAUCUUACACUGGAUCACCAACUACAGCCUCUAGCACCAUGUCCAAACUCCAAAGAAUCUAUGGCAGUGUUUGAACAGCAUUGUAAAAUGGCACAAGAAUAUAUGAAAGUUCAAACUGAAAUUGCAUUGUUGUUACAGAGAAAGCAAGAACUAGUUGCAGAACUGGACCAGGAUGAAAAGGACCAGCAAAAUACAUCUCGUCUGGUACAGGAACAUAAAAAGCUUUUAGAUGAAAACAAAAGCCUUUCUACUUACUACCAGCAAUGCAAAAAACAACUAGAGGUCAUCAGAAGUCAGCAGCAAAAACGACAAGGCACUUCAUGAUUCUCUGGGACCCUUAAUUUUAAAAUAUGCAAAGAAAGACUUUUUUUAAGGAAAAAAAAAGCCCUUAUAAUGACAAUUCAUGAGUUUUAGCUUUUGGGCGUGUUCUGAAUGCCAACUGCUUACAUUUGCUGCAUUUGUUUCAUCGUUUAUUUUCCUUUUCUCAUGGUGGACAUGAAAUUCAACUAUCUCCUUGCAUAACAUAGGGGCAUCUGUGACUUGAAUAAGCAGCAUUUCUCAACUUCCAAACAGAUGCAGUGAACCAUGGCUCUGUAUGCAUGCUCUUUGUGUGAAGGCUAGCCUAACAAAAACGGGGUAUCAAACUAGCUGCUAUGUGCAAACAUCUUUUUUCCGAGGUGGAACCUCAAGAAUGAUUUUGUUCUUGUAUCUCAUCUCAAAAAAUGAAUUUUUGUUUCCAAUAGAUGCCAUAUACCAAGUUAAAGUCAGGGUAUUAUAAAUCUAGAAUAAUUGGUGAUGCAUUAUAGAAAUGCAGACCCUUUAGAGAUAGUGCAAAGUGAGAGCUUUGAUGCCAGCAUCCUCGGAUCAGUACUGAACUUAGUUUCAUCCAUAAAAUAUUUAAAGGUAAGUGGCGGCUGCCGUAUUUAAUUAAAGAAUAUUUCAUUAGACUAAAAAUUAACUAUGCUACAUUAAACAAAGUGAAACCCUUUUUUUAAGGUAUAAAGAUUUCUCAUUCUGUGAUGGUAUGUAUGUGUGUUGAAACUGUAAAGCUUUUAUAACUCUAACAUUAAUAUCCUUAAAUGAAAUUAAAAGGUAUAUGAACACUACCCAACAUAAACAAUCAUUCCUUCCUUCAAUGAUUAUUGGAUUUUUUUACUAUAUAUUUGAAAAACUGAAGAGAAAAAAUGGAAAAUGGAAACAAUUGCUCUGGCAAAAAGGCUUGGACUUAGAUACUUUUUUAAUACCAAAUAAUUUAAAAACCUGGCAAAUCAGGAGAUGUUAGUAAAGAAGUUAAAGAAGUAAUUAUAAAUUCAUCAAGUAUCCUAUUUAUUGAUACUGGAAUAAUUGAUUUUCCUUGCAAGCCCAUUCUAUUAUGCCUGCUGCCUUUCAACACUUUUAAGGAAAUUUCAAUACUUAUAAAGAGAAAAUUUAUAUUGUUAACAGUAACUUUGCUACCAACUUUGAAAAUAAAAGUAAUAAUAAAACUUCGUUGAAAUAAUAGACUAUAAGAUCUAUUUUUUCAAUUGGUGUUAAAGUAAAUCAUAUUUUGAUACCAAUACAAGGUGUCUUUUAAAUAAGGAUGUUGUCAACCUCAUUUUUAUAGCAGUAAUGUUUUAUGAAGAAAAAUUAAAAGUGAAAGCAUAAUUGUGUUAUUAUUAAAAUUAUAUCAUGAUUGUAUUGUAGUUUUGUUCUAUUUCAGAUAAACAAGUUUGAUCUAAGAAGUUAUCAAAACUAUUCUUAAAAAUGCUAAAGCAGGUAACUUUAUUUUGUUAUUUUUUUCUUCCUCCCACUGAGUUUUAUAAUGUAUUCUUUGUGUAUACAAGCAAUAAAGGUAAAGGACAGUUUGUACUAAACUGUGUCAUUUUUAGCUUCCUCAAAAUCUGUUAUUAAGUUUCCGAUAAAUAGCUACCCAGUAAAUAACUAUAGACUAAGGAAAAGCAUAACUCCUCCAUAGCAUUGCUGCUUGUAUGUGUGUCUGUCACUCCACCAAAAGGGACCUAGGCAGUGUUUAGAGACUUUUCUGAUUAUCACAGAGCAUGAGAUAUCCAAGCAUGGAUGCUAAGAUUUGACUCUUCCAUUAGGAUUUAGCAUUGCAGAUUUCAGAUUUUAUUUCUUAUUCAGUAGUGUGUUUUUGCUGUACAUUACAUACUUAAAGGGAAAUUUUUUUAUUAUUGUUACUAUUACAUGCAAUCACUUCAUAAAAGUAUCCGAAUAGGUAAAUAGAAGAAAAUAGUAGUUUUAAGUCAUGGUGCCAAAUGCAACAAAAAAGGCUUUUGCACACUCGCUUGUUUGUUUACAGUAAGUUCAUGGUGAUUUUCAGUACUGUAGUUGUCCUGGACACUGAGUACGGUUCAGCCUUACUUGGUUUUUAAGUAAUUGUGUUGCCAAGCUCAUACAUUUUAAGUCCUGAUUAUCCUUAAUGAUUGAGAGAAAAGGAUAGCAGGGAUCAUUAAAAUCCACAGCCAGUUUCAUCAGUGUCCUCACCCAUCAAAACUUCAAACAGAGAUGUUAACAAGGAGCCAAAUUUUUUAUUGAUUUUGGUUUUACCAUUUAUUCUAACCCUCAUUUUUUGAAUGGGAAUAACAAGUGGCUAAAAGGCCUCAGCCUAAGAAAUUCAUUAACAAUCCCUGAACAAGCCAUAGUUACUUUUUUUUGUUGCCUCCAGGGAAAGAAACAAAGCUUUUAUCUAAUCUAGAGGAAGAUACUCCUCAACAGUAAAAAUACUUUUUUGAGUCAAAUAAAAAUUAGAUAAGAAUAUUUACCUUAUAGCAACACAGCAUAUUGAAGAGAUUUGUUUAAAAGUUGUUUACAAAUGUUUGACUAUUUUUGCUGAUGUAUUCUAGAGUAUCGAAUGUCUUUUUUUCUCCGAGUUUCUUUGAUGUUCCUAGUUUCAGCUCCUGCCUGUAAACAGAAAUCACAGGCCUUAGCUGUGAAACUUGUUUCUUUCUGUAUGUGUGUGUGGUUUUCAUCAGUCAACUCCUCUCUUCAAUGGUAGGACGUUCUACUUCUACUUCUGUCAUUUAGAACGUAUUAUGUAAAAUGAUGUAAUACAGAGAUCCUUGUGUAUACUGUAUAAUUAAAGGAAGCUUUUUAGAUUUAUUUUUGUUUGUAAUAAAAUUCAGGUUGUUGUUCUAAA